AUGUAUAAGUAAAAGUUUAUUCUGUUCUCUCACGUUUGAGCAUGUAAUUUACGUUUUCCACCGUUUCCAUGUAGUUUACCUUAUCUUGAACGUACUUUCGUAGCCUGUUAGCAUGCAGAAGGGUGCAACUGAGAAAUUCCGAUCAUGAGUGAAGAAAUGGAAGCUGUCAAGACAGAGGAUGUUCCUUUGGAUGAAAAUUCAAUAAAAGAAGACGAGGAGGAGGAGGAGGAGGAGAAUAAGAAGAAGAAAAAGAAGAAUAAGGGCUCUGUAAGAGAUGAUACAGAGCAGGAUGAAUCAGAAGAACCUAAACCUAAAAUCAGAUCUAAACCCAAAUUGUUCGAACCUGAAAUUCUAGAAGGAAAACGGGAGAAAAAAAUCAUCCAGAGACUUGAUUUGAUGAGUAAACCGAAGGAAAAGCCAAAGAUUGAGAGCACAGGAAGAGGUGCCAAACUGGGAGACAUUGCACGAAUUAAUCACUGCAUUGGAAAGCUUAAAGCGCCUAUGCUCAAACCGCUGCACAAGAUUGUUUAUGAUCGACCGGGAGCUGCGUCAACACUGCGGAAAAAUCUUCGGCUGUUUAAUGGGUUUUCUUUUGGGGAGGACAGUGACCUUUACAAUAAAAAAAUGGAGAAGGUGAAAAGGCUUCACAAAGAACAACUCAGAACCAUUUGUCAGACUCUUGAUCUGGAGAGGUCUGGAACGCAAGUUGUUCUUUCAGAGAGGAUAAUGAAAUUUCUUAUACGUCCGACAAACUCAGGAAAGCCUGUCCUAAAGAAGAAAAAGAAGACAACCAAAGAUUCCAAAAGAGAAAAGUCUUCAUCCAAAAGUAAAAAGCCACAGAAAAAAGUAGAAAGCGGGAAGUCCAAACCAAUCGUCACUGAUUCUAGUAGUGAUGAUGAUGAUGACGACGAUGACGAAGAGGGUAAAGAAAACAGCAAGGACACUGAGAAGUCUACAAUAGCAAGUCAGGAAAAUAAAGACAGUGAAGAUAAAUCUUCUGAUAAAGAGGAUGAAGAAGAAGAAGAAGAAGAUGAGGAGGAGGAGGAGGAGGAUGCUCCUGAAGAGGACAGCAAGGAAGAAGAAAAAACUCCUCCUCAGAAGAAAUCUUCAACCAAGAAGUCUACAAAGAAAUCUGGAAAGUCAGAACAGACUGCAUCAGACGAAAGUGACCAAGACGUUCAUGAAGACAAGAAUGCAAAAAAGACAAAAAAGCCUGCAGCAAAGAGGAAAGCACCUGCAAAGCCUGUCCCUAAAACCAAGAAAGCUGACAGCAGCAGCAACCGAGGGAAAAAGAAAGCAAGCAAGAGCAAAGAUGAAAGUGAAAGCUCUGACGAUGAUCAGCCGUUGAUCAAGAUGAUUAAGAAACCACCAACUGAGGAACAGUUGAAGGAAGCAAUCAAGGAUCUUUUAAAAGAUGCCAACUUGGAGGAAGUUACAAUGAAGCAGAUUACCCGACAAGUUUAUGACAAGUAUCCUGACUUCGAUCUGACCAGCAGAAAGGAAUUCAUCCGGGAGACAGUUAAAGGUUUGAUAUCAUGAAGUGAAGAAAAUGCCUUAUUUAAAAGGACAGCGAGGAUGAAGAUCGUGUAGAAAACUCGAUUUUCAUUACACUGUUCACUGUUGUGUAGUUUUAUUUUUAUUUUAUAUGAGGUUUCUCAACUUUUCAGCAAAUUCUGCUUUUUGUAUUUUAAAGUAUUUUCUAAAAUUUAAAUUUUCAUGUUUGAAAGUGAGUGAUCUGGAUGCUUUUGGUUGAAAUAUGGCACAUUUUUAAAGUGACCCAUUAUCCCCUUAUUUUAAAUGGCACAGCUAUACAUAGUCACUAUAUUGCAUUUUGACAGUCAUAAUUUAAUGUGUUGGCCGUGUCGGUAAGCCCACAAGUUGCCACGGCCUGCAGCUGCAUUACCACUGACAUGUUGCCAAGAUGUUGUAUGCAAUAUUUAGGAAGAUUUCAUUUUUUGAUUGGUCUCACCUGUUAUUAGUGCCGAGUUUUAUUUCUGCGGUCACAAAUGUUGGAUGCAAAAAAGAAACUUAUUUGUAAUUAAUUUUUUGACCUGUUAUUGUAUUUCAACAAAACAUUUGGCAGUGUCAACUUCCAUUUCAGUGUUGCGCUAAUUUGGAUUUUUAAUACUAAUUUGUAAAAAGCAAAAAGCGUAAUUUUUUUUUUUUUUUUUUUUUAACUCCGUUUUACUCUAAUUUCCAUAAGAGUUUUGUAAAUAUGCUUUAUAUGUCCAUUUUUCUUUCUUAUAUUUGUAAUACAAGUCAUAAGGAACAAACGUAUCUUAAAUCUGAGAUGUUACUCAUACCUGCAGGUCAGUGUUGUAGAUUAGGUUCUCUGGUAAGACAUGAAUUAUGAGUUAAGGUUGAUCUGUUGUAUGCACUGACCUCAGUAACCAGUUUAUCAGUUAUCAGUCAUAUUGCUCAGUUAUGAAUCACAAAAUCUACAAAACAGAAAUGGAGAUGUGUGUUUAUUUUGUAAUAAAUUGAUUUUUCAUAGAAAAAUAA